GCAUGGAUGAUGCCAAUUUUAAUCCCUAUGAGCAUCGCCAGGUGGAAGGAGCACUCUCCAAUUUUGAUGCACUCGUAUUUCUGCUGAAUUGUGUUCUGGGCACCGGCUUGCUGGCAAUGCCUUUGGCGUACAAAUUUUCUGGACUUGCAGGCGGUACCGCGCUAAUAAUAUUUUCAACCAUAGUGCUGACUUAUGGCAUCCAUUUGUUGAUUCAUUGCAUGCUGGAGACGGCUCGACGAACAGCGACAGGCUAUGCCUCCUAUACGGAUACCAUGGUAUAUUCUUUUACCCAGGGUCCUAAAUGGUGCCAUAAUUGGUCCCGUACAUCGGGCCUUUUAGUGGAUGUUGUGUUGGGCUUCUCACAUUAUGGCAUCUCCGUGGUCUACAUUGUGUUUGUGGCAUACAAUUGGAAGCAGUUUCUGGACUAUUAUUGGGACACUAUCGAAUUGAAAUCCCUCAUAAUCGCUGUGGGUGUUUGCCUAACACCAUUAUUUCUGAUAAGAGAUCUCAAGGUUUUGGUACCG